CUGCUUGCCACAAUCACAUUACCACCUCCGAUAAAUAACGUGUCUUCCUCGUAUAAAUGAUUAUUAACACAUACAAAUACUGACACAAACAAAUAGGAGUGACGUCUUGUCGUACAGACUUUUUGUGUUUACAUGCGGUUACUCUUCAUCGUGAUGGGUGACGCGGAAAGUGACAAUGAAGUUGAGUCGUGUUAGAAAGUGCAAUGGAUAAGCCUCUUGACCCAGAGGUCAAGUUCAAGUCGAGCAAAGGCACAGCCGCGUCCGGACCAGUGCUGUUGGCCAGAGGACAGUGGUCCAGCAAAAUCGAGUUCCUCUUGGCAGUUGCGGGACAAAUCAUUGGCCUUGGAAACGUGUGGAGAUUUCCCUACCUGUGCUACAAAAAUGGAGGCGGUGUGUUCUUUAUCCCUUAUGUACUCUUCCUCUUCACCUGCGGCAUCCCUUUGUUCCUGCUGGAGACGUCUCUGGGCCAAUACACCAAACAGGGCUCCAUCACCUGCUGGAAGAAAAUUUGUCCCCUCUUUGGAGGAAUGGGUUAUGGAAGUCAAGUGGUAGUGUUAUACUCCAGCAUCUAUUACAUCAUCAUAUUGGCAUGGGCCUUCGUGUACCUCUUCUCCUCAUUCAGCUCUGAGCUUCCAUGGGCAAGCUGCAGAAAUAGUUGGAACACUGAAACAUGUGUGGAGUUCAGUCAUAGGCGUGUUCUCAACUGGACAAUGGCAGAAAAUGCGACAUCACCUGAGAGAGAGUUUUGGGAGAGGAGAGUACUGAACUUGACAGGAAGUAUCCAUGAGUUGGGUGGUAUUCGAUGGGAGUUGGCUCUUUGUCUUCUCCUGUCCUGGAUCAUCUGUUACUUCUGCGUGUGGAAAGGAGUCAAGUCCACUGGAAAGGUUGUGUACUUCACCGCCACGUUUCCAUACCUGAUGCUUGCCGUGCUGCUCGUCCGUGGACUCACUCUGCCAGGGGCCUUAGACGGCAUCAAGUUUUACCUCUACCCAGACCCAUCCCGCCUGAGUGAUCCCCAGGUCUGGAUGGACGCUGGCACGCAAAUAUUUUAUUCCUACGCUAUUUGCAUCGGCUGCUUGACGGCACUUGGCAGUUAUAACAAGUACAACAAUAACUGCUACAAGGACUGUGUCUACUUGUGCCUUUUGAAUAGCGGGACCAGCUUUGUGGCCGGCUUUGCCAUCUUUUCGGUUCUAGGGUUCAUGGCUUACGAACAAAACACAGACAUAUCCAAAGUAGCUGAAUCAGGUCCUGGCCUGGCGUUCAUUGCCUACCCUCGAGCGGUGGCCAUGAUGCCCUUUCCUCAGAUUUGGGCCAUCUUCUUUUUCAUCAUGAUCAUCCUGCUGGGAUUGGACAGUGAGUUUGUAGGUCUGGAAGCUCUCGCAACGGCCAUUUGUGACCUGAAGCCUUCCUUCUUCCACGUGGGCCAUCGGCGUAAACUCCUUCUGCUUAUCAUCAGCGUUUUCUGCUUCCUCGUCGGCCUUGUCAUGGUCACUGAAGGGGGACUGUACAUCUUCCAGCUGUUUGACUACUACGCCUGCAGCGGCAUGACUCUACUUCUCUUCGCCUUACUCCAGUCUGUGUGUAUUGGAUGGGUGUACGGAGCCGAUCGCUUUUACGACAACAUCCAGGACAUGAUCGGUUACCGACCUUUGGGCCUGAUAAAAUACUGCUUGAAAUACGUCACUCCAGUCAUCUGCAUGGGAACAUUUAUCUUUUCCUUGGUUAAAUACCAACCUCUGAAAUUCAACAACACCAUUGUGUACCCAUGGUGGGGUUACGCUUUGGGCUGGUGGUUUACUCUGUCCUCCACACUCAACGUUCCUUUAUGGAUGAUCUACAACCUCAGCACCACUUCUGGGACACUUCGACAGCGGGUGGCCUUUCUAUGCACUUCAUCUGAAGAUCUGCCCUUGACCAAAUCUGACAAGAAAGCACUCAAUCUGCACACCUUGGUGCCCAAAUCAGACGUCGUAGUGUGAGCAAGACACAGGAAACACUGUGAGGCACAACACACACUUUGGAACUGUCUUGGCUAUCUCCGGUGAUUUAACAACAGCAAAGCACAACACACAUCAAUGAGCAUUGAGAGUGCACUGAAAGCACGCCUGGAUGGGUCCAUUCCUAUCCGCCAAUAUUUAAUGGUUUACAUGAAAGGAAGGAAAGAGCACGGGUGAAAUUGUUUUGAUUUUAUUAGUAAUCAUAAAGCACAGUUUAACCUAUCAAUGGAAUUCCAUGGCUCAAAAUUGUGCUUUUAACUGCCUGUAAAUGUUCAAAUGUGUCAAUUUAAGCUCAAUUUGUGUAUUUGUGGAGGUGCCAAUGAAGCCAUACAGAUCAGCUGAUAGUCGCGGCUACUUACUGUGCAUACUUGAACCUUGACUAAAGCGUAAAAUACAAAGUGUUGAGUCCUUUACAGUUGUUGAUUGAAAACAACCAUUUGGACAGGAAGUGCCUUAAAAAAAACUCCAGUUCUUCCAUUAUUAACUAAGAAACUAAACGUUGCGCUCCAUUUGUCAAAUGUAUUGGAUUAUUCCUUAAAUUAGGCGCUUUUCAGGGGAGUUGCAGCAGGUCAAGAAUAAAAAGAAAAAUGUCAUUUUCAAGCAGACAUUAUUCACUAAAGAGCGCAAAAAAAAUGCUUCAAUUUUGCUUUGUUUUUUUGCAUAGUCUGUGCCACACCGCUUCCUUUAGUCACCAAUAUAGUGGAAUACUGCUGACUGCUAGCAAAUGACCAUAGAAACACGCCACAAACACACAUUACCCUAGUAGAGAGGUAACUAGAAAUAAAAAAGCAUUUAAAUCUGGACAAUUUUAUACUUCCUUUAUACUACUUACGUCCUUUAUCAUUAUUUAUUCACCAAGAAAUAAAAGAAUCGUGCACUAAAAAUCCUUUAUCUCUCAUACAAGCUUAACAAAAUCUAUUUUAUUAUCAUUACUAUAUUUACCCAAGUAUUAAAAGACCUUGAAUAUAGGGCUCAAAAGUGUGACAUGUAAACACAACGUCUAUAUGUCCUAAAGUUAUGUUCUUUUUUAACAAGUCAAAAACAUGGCGCAAACGUGCAACAUGAUUAACAUAAUUAGGACUUGAAAUAUGUCGAGUUUCUCCAGGAGACAGCACACAGUGACAAGUCUUACUGCCUUAAGGACCUGUCAGACAGUCUUCUCUUUCUGAUGUCAAAUUCCGAGGUAUUGCACACACCCGAAGUUGGUUUGUCCGUGAGCAUUUUCCCACUUGACAUUCUGAAAUGUUUGGUCUGUAGAAAAACUUGACUCCAUUGACAAUCAAGAUACAGGACACGUCCAGCAGCUUGCUAAAAUGUUGUCUAUUGGAUGUGCUCAUGUGGAUCAUUUCCGUCAAUUGUACUUAUUUUUUAAGGUGGUGAGCCUUCGCAACAGUUUGUUUUGUUACAUGUUUUUCUUUUGUACAAUCCAGUUUGUUGCUCUCUCUCACAAUACCGCUGGUUGAGUACAACCAUGUCAACAAAAACUUUCUCCAGCAACAAUGACUACCCAUCCCCACUAUGCAUUGCGAAACCACGUGCCCUUUAAAGCCCUAUAAGACCUCUUUUUAUGGACCCGUUUUCAUGUUUUCAACAUCACUGGAAAAAAAAUGGUACAUUGUAAUAAAAAUAUAUUGUAUUUG